CUGUGACGGCGACGAAUCGGGCUUCCCCGCGAAUAUCAGACACCGUCAGCGCUUUUCCCGUUUUGGCGAGCGUCCACGCCGUGGCGCUCUAGAACCGUCAAGUUGCCCAUCCUGGACGUAGCCUUGCUGUUUGCGACUGCCUGGUUCUCCGCUUGUCUUUGUCUGGCUGUGCUUUAACGCUUUGGGCAUUUAAGUCCGUCAGCUUUUUUCGCGGAUUUAGGGAGCAAAGAUCAAUGAUGAGUUUGUGUUAGAGUUCCCCUGGGUUUCCAAACCGUUGUGAUGAGAGUGCGAACCAAGUUUAAUCCAUCGCCUCGCCCGCGCUGAGCCAGGAGGAGGAGUGUCUGUGUGUCUAUCCCCCACCAAGAAUCAAUGGAUGGAACAUGCUUCUCUCAGUCAAAGGCCCUGUUGGUCAGGAACUUCCUGAUCAAAAUCAGGGCCAGAAGAACAUUUAUGAUAGAACUGUUUACCCCACUUAUUUACCUGGUGGUUCCAGUAAUCAUCUUUGUAUAUAUCAAUAUGUACGAGCUACCAUCAAUACUUCCACACCCUGGCAUUUUAGAAACGUUUCGAGUAUUUGACAGAUUUUUACUUAUCCGAAACCAUACGAUAGCAGUGGCUCCAAAUUCUACAGAAACUCAAGAUUUUUUGAAGGCUGUGAAUGAUAUGUACAUGAAACUACAGACUGAACAAGAUGGGGCUGACCCCCGGCCUCGUACACCCAUCAACUUUCUAAUGUUCAAUAAUAUAGAUGAGCUGUCAGAUUCUUACUGGAAGGAACCUCAGUCAUUUCAGUUGGGUUUAGUGUUUGAAGAUGACCAACCGAUAUCCAGCAUAUUAAACUAUGAAAUACGAGGAAACCCACAAUUUGCAGUAACUCCACCAACUACUGACAUGUAUUCUGAUUCAGACUCAUGUCUUGGUCAAGGGCCUAUUAAAAGACAGUGGAGUGGUAUAUUUCCAGAUCCUGGAGAAACAUGUCCAGUGCAGCAAUAUUAUCUCUCUGGGUUCCUAGCAUUACAAACCUUGGUAGAUUUUACCAAAAUCAAGCUUGACUCUGGUGUUAAUGACCUAUCAAUACCGGGCAUAGCACUGGAGUUAUUACCAAGAAGUGUGAAGGAAACUAAAAGAAACCCAUUAGAUGAGGCUGCUUCUUUGAAGGAUUUGAUUCUUCUCAUUCUUGUUCCUGUCCUUAUCGUAAUGGCCAUGUCGCAAUACACUACCUACCUGAUUGUUUUGAUUGUGAGUGAGAAAGAAAACCAUUCUCUAGCAGCUAUGAAAACUAUGGGAGUGAAAGAUUCAGCUUACUGGUUUUCUUGGUUCCUGAUUUAUACAGUCCUGGUAGCUUCUCUGGCUUUGGUUGUGGUAUUCCUCCUAUAUCUAUCGGAUAUCUUCCCCAGAACAAGUUACAUUUUGCUUUUCCUGAAUGUCACUGCAUAUGGCUGCAGCUCUAUAAUGAUCACCUUUGUGCUGAGUACAUUCUUCAACAAUGCCAGGACCGCCGGACUUCUAGCAUCCUUUGUGACGACACUGCUUAGUCUUGUCUUCUUAAUUGAAACUGGACUGGAUAUCAACUCUACUGUAGGCAAAUAUUUUUUGGGACUCCUCAGUCCUUUAGCUUUCUCCAAGGUACUCUACUUGGCUAUCGCCAUGGAGCUGUCUGGGCAGGGUCUCACUUGGUCCACCAUGUGGCUCGGUCCACAGCCUACAGCUGGAGCAUAUUUUGUGCUUCAAUUUGUUGACAUCCUUUUGUAUGGGCUCUUAGCUUAUUAUUUGGACAACGUUCUUCCAAAUGAUCACUCUAUAAGGAGAUCUCCUCUGUUCUGCCUGAAUCCCAUGUUUUGGUGUAAUAAACAUUCAGAUAGGGCCACUGCUACAGCAAAUGGGGAGCCUUUCACUUAUCUUACAACAGAGGAAUCAGAAAGUGGAGACAUCGAGCCUGUCCCAUCAGAGCUCAAGGGCCGAGAGGCAAUCCGAAUCGAGGAUCUCCACAAGACAUUCAAAACCUGCUUCCAGCCUGGUGUGAAAGCUGUGAAUGGUAUCAACUUAACUAUCUAUGAGGGCCAAAUAACAGCCAUAUUAGGCCACAAUGGAGCAGGAAAAACCACACUCUUCAACAUUCUUCUUGGCUGCACUGCUCCCACUUCUGGCACUGCUUACAUUUAUGGAUAUGAUAUAAGAAAUGCAAAUGAUAUGCAAGUUGUACGCCGCAUGACAGGAGUGUGCCCACAGUUUGACAUACUCUUCAAAACACUUACUGCAAGAGAACAUUUACACUUUUACGGCACAGUGCGAGGCAUACCUGCUUCUAAGUUGGACUAUGAAAUUGAACGUACACUUGCAGACUUAGAUCUAACGGAGAAAGCUGACUUUGUUUCUGCUAAUCUAAGUGGGGGCCAGAAACGAAAACUGUGUAUAGGAAUUGCUAUUAUUGGGGAUCCAAAGAUUAUUGUUUUGGAUGAGCCAUCUGCUGGAGUGGACCCAAUUUCCAGAAGGCACAUAUGGUCCGUGCUUCAAAGCAGAAAAGCCGGCAAGGUUAUACUUCUUACCACUCACUUCAUGGAUGAAGCUGAUAUUCUUGCUGAAAGAAAGGCUGUUAUUUCUAAAGGUCGAAUCAGGUGUUGUGGUUCAUCUCUGUUUCUCAAAAAUAAAUUUGGAAUUGGUUAUCAUCUUACGUUGGUACUGGGCUCUGAUGCACAUGAAACUGCAAUAGCUCAGCUUGUUCAGCGAUAUGUCCACAAGUCAGAACGAGCCAGACGCCAUGGUAGAGAGUUGUCCUUUAUUCUACCUCAUAAUGCCGUCAACAGCUUCCCAGAUUUGUUUGCCGCCAUUGAACGAGAAGUAAAUUCCAAGCGAGGCCUUGGUAUCACAAGUUAUGGAGUAGCAAUGACUACCCUGGAGGAGGUAUUUCUACAUCUUGAGAGAGAUGAAGAUGAACAAGAAACAAAUACAGUUAUGGAGAACCUGUCAAGAAGCAUGCUAAGGAAUCGAGCUAUGAGUCGGUCUCUUUCCAUUCCAUCCAAAAGCACUUCCUAUCAUAGCCUUCAGAAUGAAGCUGCUGCUAGCACUGUCACAACAGAUUCUGAAAUAAAUACAGCUGCAUUUGAUGCUUCAAAGCAAAAUGGUGAAGUCUCAAAUCUAUCCCAAGCCUCUACCUAUCUCCCUCUCAGCAGUUGCGAAGGCCCACCACCUGUGAGACCAAAAAAAUGUUUAGAAAAGACUACCAGUGAACCUGCUCCUCCUACCACUCCUGACAAUCGUAAACAAGCAGGAUUUUUCGUUGAAGAUGGCACCUUGUCUCCCACCGAACAUCCUCUGCGAUUGCCUAUUGAAGUGACUCCCAACAACACUCAAAGACUACUAGCAAUGAUCAAACUUCGUAUUUGGUGUCUCUUACGGGAUACAUAUAAGCUAGUCAACUUAAUUGUUGUACCAAUACUUUUGUCUACAUUGUUACUGUAUCGAUCAGCUGGUCACAACCGCCCUCCAGAAAUGCCUUCCCUGCGUAUGGAUGGAGGAACUUAUGAUGCUGCGAUGAAAGUUGCGCUCAUUGCUUCUGACUUUGCCGGAAGAGAGAGCCCUCAAACUGACCUGCUCCUUAGUGGCUUGAAAGAGGCUGGAGCAGAGUCUGUUGAUCUGUAUACAGGAAAUGUUUCACAGAUAAAUUUCACAUCCCCACAUCUCUUAAGGCUCAAAAUGUCAUUGGGUGAUGAGCAAGAAAAUCCUGUCGCACUUCAAGUUGUUGCUGGAUAUAAUGAUACAGCCCAGCACUCGCUACCCAUUGUCAUGAAUCUUAUUAGUAAUUCAAUAUACAGAAUGGUGAUGACAGAUAAACUGGGUCGAGAUAUUGGCAGCAAAACACAUCCCAUAAUCACUAAGUCACAUCCAUUGGACCGCCAAAAUACUAGCAGUACUGUGUUGUCUUAUGCUUUGACCGCCUUCAGUGUGGGCUUUACAUUUAUAAUGGUAGCUGCUACUGUAGGGGUGGACAUGGUAUAUGAUAGAGAGAUUCGAGCGAAAACACAAUUGCGUGUGAAUGGAUUGGCUUUUCCCAUUUACUUUAUAUCAUUUUUCCUGGUUAUGUUUGUUGUACUGCUGCUAGUAUUCUUGUUACUUGUUCUGGUGGCAUAUCUGUGUGGUGUAGCUUGGUUGGAUACAAUUCCUGCAGUAACAAUAUUUGGGAUACUGAUGUCUCUAUUUUGUCCAUCUGCAAUUAUUGUUGCAACAACAUUCUCAUAUUGCUUUCAUAAGACUGAGUCAGCUGCCUCUAUUUUACCUGGAGUAUUGCUUUUCCCAGGACUCAUUCCAUACUUCACUAUUGUGUUUGUUAAAUCUCAUAAAGUCAAAGAAGCUCUGCAUAUUACGAACUCGCUGCUAAAUCCUCUGUAUCUGCCAUUCGGGUCUGUGUGGCAAAUGAUAGAUCGUUACCUCAUCUGCAUGGAAAGCACACGCUGCAGGAGAGAGGGCAAUCCUUUCAGCAAUUAUGGCACCAGGGAUAUUGGAGUCAUCAUUGCAGGGAGCAUUUUGUCUAUGAUAAUUUGGUCGAUCAUUCUUUUUAUAGUGGACCUCAAAAGCACGGGCAGUUCACUUAGAGACAUAUUCAGGGGAGUCAGAGUGUCUGCUGGAGCAUGUGAUGGUGGUGAAAGUUUGGACUGUGGUGACUUUGGUGAUGAUGAUGUCAGAGCCGAACGGUUGAAAGUCUCACGUCUUAUGGUAGAUCCUCCCGACCAGCCACCAGUUGUUAUUGUGCAGAACUUGAGGAAAGAAUAUGACAAGGAUCGCAAAACAAGUAAAUGUUGUGAUUGUUGUGUUGUGAAAGGAAAGACGCACAAACUGGCUUUAAAAGAGUUAUCUUUAGCCAUUGACACUGGAGAAGUGUUUGGUCUCCUUGGGCACAAUGGUGCAGGCAAGACCACUACAAUGAAGAUAAUCAUUGCUGAAGAAGCAGCAUCAAGAGGGAGAGUCCAAAUUGCUGGAUAUGACAUUGCAACCAACAUGAAUCAAGCAUUCCAAAAGUUGGGCUACUGCCCACAGCAUGAUGCUCAGUGGAAGAAAAUCAGCUGCAGAGAACACCUGGAACUUUAUGCUGCUAUCAGAGGAGUUCCAUCAAAGGAUAUUCCAAGAUUAGCGGAUGCUUUUCUGGCAGGCCUUCAAAUGAAAGAACAUGCAAAUAAACGGGCUUCGACGUGUUCUGGAGGAACUCGAAGGAAGUUGAGUUUUGCCAUGUCCAUGGUUGGAAACCCUGCUGUAGUUUUAAUGGAUGAACCAUCCACUGGUAUGGAUCCACGAUCCAAAAGGUUCCUCUGGGAUACAAUUCUAGCUAGUUUCCAGGGUACACGAGGGGCUAUCCUCACUACACAUGCAAUGGAGGAGGCAGAUGCUUUGUGUUCACGAGUAGGAAUUAUGGUGAAAGGGGAGUUAAAGUGUAUUGGACCAACACAGCAUCUUAAAAAUUUGUAUGGUGCUGGGUACACACUGGAAAUGAAGCUGAAGGACAUGUCAUCUGUGAAAACUGUGUCUGAGAGGCAUGAUGGGGUUUUGUCAUAUGUAUCAAACCUUUUCAAAGAUUCAAAGUUAGUUGAAUCUUUCUCAGAUAGACUUGUAUUUGAAAUUCCCCAAAAAGAUGUUUCAUCUGUUGCCCAAUGUUUUAGGAAUCUUGAAAAAGCAAAACGAGAUCUAAGUAUAAUUGAAUACAGCUUCAGUCAAACAACUCUGGAGCAAGUCUUCCUCAAAUUUUCUCAUGACAAUGGAGAAGAAGAUGACUGAUAUAAUUGCAGGAAUUGUUAAGUUGUACAAAUGCAAGUCAGGGACUCUUUUUGUGAGUUCUGUUGCAUAAAUGGCAAUGGGAACAGGCAUGUGCAUACUAUUCAAGAUUAGCUAGGUCAAUUUUGCCAAGAAGUAUCAUGUGUUGGAUGUGUUCUGACUUUCUUAUCCAUUUCUACCUCUGUGUUAAGCAGCCCUCACUAAAAAAAUAUAAUUGAGCUGUCUCUUGUACACUCAAUGAGGACAAUAGUCACUUCCGCUCACCAAAAUUAUAGAAAGUUUGUAUCAUAUUUAUAAACUCCUUGUAAAAGUGGAUAAAUGUUGUCUUUAUGUAAUUGUUUCAAGAUGUUUGCAGUAUGUUACCAUGUGGGGAAGAGACCUUAGAAUUUUUAAGUCAGUUCUUUCUGUGUCCUAAGACACAUUGUUAUCCUUUCUUCCUCUUAGAAUAAAUACUGCUAUAGGGAAUGCUCAUAUAUUUUAAGUACUCCUCUUAAAUGUUUGUAACUGGGCUGAUAUUGAGAAUUUUCUUACUUCAACAUUUUCUACAGCUACAAUUUGGUGUAGUAUUGUAUUUACAUUGUGUUAUUUGACUCUAUUGAGAAUAACCUUCCAGGCUUUUCUACAAUUUAUUGAUGAUAAUGUGAUGCUGGAUGUUUUGUUAAGACAUUCUACUGUUUUGACUCUCAGGUUUCCUUUAAAAUGUCGCAGUUGUUAAACUAGUUGACUUUUUUAUCCGUCAGUAGCAAUAUUGUAAUUUUAUGAACUAGUGGUAGAUAAGUGUGAUGUGAAUGAUUUUGCAUACUUUGUUAGUAUGUUUAUGCUUCAGAAUGGAAUAGAAAGAACCAUCCUCCACUCAGAUAAUCUUUUUAGUCAUAUUUGUAAAUCAAGUCAUUAUAAACUUAUCCAAUUCCUACAAGGGACUGUGGCUGUUUUGGUAGAGAAUCAUUCUCUCCUGCUGACCAAAUUUUACCUUUUCUUUUUUUGUAUGUUUUGGAAAUUCUAUGGCGUUAAAGUCUGUGGUGCAGUUGCACCAUACCAUAACAGUUCUGAAUCAAUUUUGACCGGCAUUGAGAACUUGUACUCUGUAAGUCUAGUCUUUUCUUGUCCUUUGUUUAUAAAUUCUUUUCCAAUGGUCUGCUAUACCUUUGAGACUGAAAGGAAAUUUAUUGAACUUCUUACAAAUUUUUUAACUUUGACAAUGAUCUUUAUUUGUUUUUUGUUUUAAUUUGUGUAUGAACUAUCAUGUAACGUAGUUUUAUUAUUAUGUGUAAGUUCAAUUGUUGAACUGUAGGAGUUGAUUUUAUUUUAAUCAAUUAUGUACUGUGUACAUCUUAGCUCUUUUUUCCUCUAAUUAAACUUUUAUCUGUACCACUCUCCUUUUACUUUAAAAACAGAGUUUCUUCAAGUUUUGCUUUGUAGUGGAAAGACAGGCCUUUUUCAGAUCCCUACUUGAUUAUCAAGAAUUAGUUGUGUGGAGGAGUGGUAACAAUUCUGCAUACAUACUGUUAUUGUACUGCAAUGUAAAAGGUGUAAUUGAUUGUUUUGCCUGGUAUGAGUUCUGUGUGUGAGAGGGGUGAAUGGGGCCUCCAUCAAGAGGCUUAUCUGUACAUUUAUUUGUGAUAUGGAUUUCUCAUAUGUGACAUACCUUUUCUAGUCAAUGUAGUCAUUUUCAUUUAGUCAUCAUCGCCAUCAUCAUGUAUUUUAGUAUUGUACCAGUGUAUUAUUUUAACUCAUCCCAGUUUAUUUGUUGUGUAAUUGAAUUAUAUACAUUCUGCAUUUUAUUUUUAUCUUCUUUGAAAUCACCUCUCCCUAAUUUGUUCAUCUUACUUCUUGCUUAUUUCCUGCUUUCUGUUGCUUCUUUGCAGACCUUUCCUUUGCAGUAUGCAUGAGUUAAGUGCACUGGUUUUCUCCAAAUUAAAAUUAUGCUUGGUAAGAAGCCAUGUAUCUGUUUUUAUGUUUUAUAGACUUUUCAAAAGGAAAUGAAUACUUUGAUGUACAUAUUUCGCUGAAAGUUUGCAUCUUUUUUGCUCAUGGUGUGUGGUACAGUUUUGCACUGGAAAUAAGCUUUUCAUUGUGAUACUGAGUGUGGUGUUACAGAAUUGUGAGACCAAAGUCUACCAAAGUUCAAAUUGUACAUUUUGUACAAAUAGAUGAAAACUUGAUAAGAAAAACAUUUGGAAAGUUUGCCAAGAUAAUUAUAGAAUAAUAAUAAAAAUAAAUAAAAUGUAUGUCGGAAUUUCAGUUCUAUGUUUAUGUUUUUGGUUUCAAGUCACUAUUGUUGAGGUCCUCAUGUGUUUAAGUUAACAUCCUGUUCAUUCCUUACAGUAGUGUUUGUCAAGUGUGUUCGCAACUAUAUCAACAAAUGUGACCCAUGUGAUCAUGUGAUUUUUACAACAUAGAAAAUAGUAACAGCUAGAAUAAGUACUUUCAAUUUAUUUUUUAUGCACAUUUGACAAUGCGUUCUCUUUAAAAUUCCGAGUCAAUUCAUGAAGCUGUGCUAUUAUUAGAGCAAUUGAUACCCCUGAAACUUUGCUCUGAGGUCAUUGCCAUCUGUUGGAAUGAUGGGGUAUGUUCUUCACCAGGAUCGUCGCCUCUCUGUCCGGUUCCAUCAUAGUAGGCAGUGCUGUAAUUGGUAUGGUUGCAUUUUUGCAUUGCAAGCCUUGCAAAUAACUAGACUUCAAGGAAAGCUCUUCUUUGUAUAAGUAGUUUAUAAAUUAAAGUGCUCAAAGACAUGUUAUUUAAGUUCUCUGUCAGUAAUCAUUUAGGAAUUGCAGUUUGCAAGAUGGCUUGUGAUGUUAAUCCAUGUAUUUCGUUUAAAUUUACUGUAGCCUCAUUGUAAACAUGAAUGUAACUUUGUCUGUAAUUAUCAAACAGGCUUCCUCUGAGGUAAAGUUUUACGACUCCACUCUCUGUGUGUUUCGUAAGAUUAAUUUAUUGGUGCAUACUCUUUUUAAGCUUCAUCUGUAAUCAUUAGCAGCUUAUGAAUACUGGCUGCAUAUGCUUACUGUUGAGUUUAGAGUCUUGUAGGACUGUCAUUAUAAGCCAGGUAUUCUGCCAUGCACAGAUUCUAAUUGUCAGCCUGAAACUGGGCCGUAUGAAUUAUUUCCUGUGUUUUUAUGAAAGUCGUGUUUAGCUGUGAUAAUUCAACUUUAAGUGUACCAUCUCCUGUCACAGAAUAUACUAUCUUUUGAAAGCACAUUGCAUAAAGUGUCAUAUCGAUAUCGACUGUUGUGGCCUUAAUUAUUUGGUGAGUUUGGAAAAGUACUGCAACUUCAAAGUUUACUGGGAGAAAAAAAAGUCAAUUCAAAGUCACAAUGACACAAAAGGACAUUUUGAUGUCAAUGUAAAUUAUUUUUUGUUGUCACUUUGAAACUGUUACCUUUUGUUCUUCCUGGGUCUAAUUUACAUCACCACGGCCUGAGCUUGGUGAAGUCAGUCAUUUAUCCUAACUUACCUUCCUUCACUCAUGCAGGUUGUACAGGGUGUCAAACAAGGGCUGGAUCAGGGACAGUUGCUCAGGCUCCUCUUGUUGAAAAACUCACCCCAGGGCAGGCUCAACACAUCCAAACUACUACGCUCUGUAUACCCCCAAAAUGAUUUGACAUGAUUUUUAAAUCCAUCCUUUAUGUUUUGCCCUACCUCUGAAAAUAAAUAAGUUGUUGAUGUA